AUGGUUCUUCGACAUAUAAAUCGAGAAAUUAACUCGAUACACCGGGUGGCGGCGGAGAAGCGGCAAUUCAAUCACGCGGCCAUUACGCCACGCUCCGGCGCGCCCGGGGCCUUUGAGGGGUGCCGGAUGGAUGGGGGGGGGGGGGGGGGGGGUACGGUGACAGAGACGGGGCGUCCGUGGAUUGCAGCCUCGCUCGCGCCUAUGCUCUCCUGG